AGGCUCAGUCGGUAAACUUAUUCACCUAUUGGGUGAUUUGUUAAUCAACAAAAGAGGAAGUCCAUUCUUUACAUAUUUGCUUUUGCACUUUGUAUGGCUUAACACAUUGUUCUGUACGUACAUAAACAAUAGCUGAGAUGGAAUUAUAAACAGAGUCUAAAAAGAAAGAAUGGAGUGAAAGUUAAUGGUAGAGAGUUUAUGUAAUAUCACACUAAUUUUGUAUUAUUUUACGUUCUUUUAUUUUCCAUUGCACUGAAUGAUUUUAUUGACUCACUGCUAAUAACGUGCAUGUUAUGAUUUUCGGAAGAUGUGCCAUUUUGGCAACGGUUCGCCAAAUAUCUGAAUUUUCUAAACAAUUUCACAAUAGCAACAAAGGCAUUUCGUUUUCUGAUAGUGUGUUCCGUGCAGGGAACCGUCGACAAAUUGAAAGAUCCAGUCAGGAUUUCCCAGUAUUUCUACCACUGUGUGCUGGAAUGGCUUCCACAUCUGGACACGUAACCAGUCAUGGUGCAGUCAAGGAACAGAACAGGCUGUCUCUUGAAAAAUCCCCAUAUCUUCGGCAGCAUGCUACAAAUCCUGUACAAUGGUAUCCAUGGGGCAAUGAAGCUUUGGAGAAAGCGCAAAGGGAGGACAAACCCAUUUUCCUCUCUGUUGGAUACUCUACUUGUCAUUGGUGUCACGUUAUGGAGAGAGAAUCUUUUGAAAAUACUGAAAUAGCAUCAGUCAUGAAUAAAUUUUUUGUAAACAUUAAAGUUGACCGUGAGGAAAGACCUGACAUCGAUAAGAUUUACAUGACCUUCAUACAGGCAAUUUCAGGACAUGGCGGAUGGCCCAUGAGUGUGUUUCUAACACCAGAUUUAAAACCAAUAACAGGUGGUACAUACUUUCCACCUGUUGAUAAAUAUGGUCAACCAGGAUUCAAAACAAUUCUACUUAGUGUUGCUCACAAGUGGGCUGAGAAUAAAAGUGACAUUUUAGAAUCGGGAUGCCGAAUCCUGGACAUAUUAAUGAGGUCCACUAGAGAUAGCAGACAGCCAAAAGAACGCAUUAUUCCACCAAUUGACGUCGGAUACACUUGCGUCCGACAACUAGCUAGUAGCUACGAUGAUGAAUUUGGUGGAUUUACAACUGCACCAAAAUUUCCUCAGCCAGUCAAUUUUAACCUGCUUUUUCAUAUGUAUGCAAGAGAACCAACUGGAGCAUUAGGUGAACAGUGUUUAAAAAUGUGUCUCCAUACUUUGAAAAAGAUGGCACAUGGUGGAAUACAUGAUCACAUAGGCCAAGGGUUCGCUAGAUACUCUGUUGAUGGCAAAUGGCAUGUGCCACAUUUUGAAAAAAUGUUAUAUGAUCAGGGUCAACUUUUACGAUCAUAUACAGAUGCUUAUAUCGCAAAAAAGGAUGCGUUUUUUUUAGAAACCAUUGACGACAUUGUAACGUAUGUUACUCGAGAUUUACGGCACAAGGAAGGAGGAUUUUACAGUGCAGAAGAUGCUGAUUCACUACUUAGUCAUGACUCUAAUAUUAAACGAGAGGGAGCAUUUUAUGUUUGGACACAUGAUGAAGUAGAGGAUCUCUUGUCUAAAGAAAUUCCAAAUCAUGAUAAUUUGCGUCUCUCAGAUAUAUUUUGCUAUCAUUAUAACGUCAAGCCAGAGGGCAACGUUGCGGAGCAUCAAGAUCCGCAUGGAGAAUUAACAGGGCAAAAUGUCCUCAUUAUAUACGGGAGUUUGAUAGAAACUGCAGAACAUUUUGGAUGCAGUUCAGAGGAGAUUGAAAAAUAUUUAAAAGAAUCUCGUGCGAUAUUAUUUGAACAUCGCUCCAAACGUCCAAGACCUCACUUAGAUGAUAAGAUAAUAACUGCUUGGAACGGAUUAAUGAUAAGCGGAUUAUCGAUUGCCGGACUAGCUGUUAACAAUGUAAAGUACAUAAAGUACGCUGAAGAUGCUGCUAACUUUGUAGAGCGUUAUCUGUUUAAUAAGGAAACAGGAUUGCUAUUACGUAGUUGUUAUCGUGGUGAUAACGAUACAAUAACCCAAUGCGCCGUCCCUAUAAACGGAUUCCACGUGGACUAUGCUUUUAUGGUAAGAGGAUUGUUAGAUCUUUAUGAAGCAAGUUUCGAGGCUCAUUGGCUGGAAUUAGCAGAAAAACUUCAGGCAACUCACGACGAACAUUUUUGGGAUGAGGACGCUGGUGGUUACUUUGCUACCACUAAGGAUGAUCCUAGUGUAAUCCUACGACUUAAGGAUGAUCAUGAUGGAGCAGAGCCAUCCAGCAACUCUGUAGCUUGUAGCAAUCUACUGCGACUGGCAUCUUAUUUGGACCGCACUGAACUUAACGAGAAGGCUGAGAAGCUUUUAUCAUACUUCCACGAAUCGAUCACCCGCAUACCAGCUGCGUUUCCAGAACUCGUUUCAGCACUGAUGUUGUACCAUGACAAUGUUACACAGAUUUAUAUCGCAGGUCGUAAGGAUUCUGAUGACACUAAGGAACUUUUAAGGGUGGUGCGAGAGCGCAUUAUCCCCGGAAGAGUAUUACUCCUUGCGGAUCGUGAAUGCUCUGACAACAUCCUGUUCCGUAGGAGCGAAGUAAUGGGCAACAUGAAGUCAUUGGGUGGACGAGCGACAGCUUAUGUUUGUCGUCGUCAUACUUGUUCGUUACCAGUUACAGAACCCGGUGAUUUUGCUGCUCUUCUCGAUGUCAAGCCUUAGAAUCAUCAAUUGAUAUGCAACAAUGUAUUGUGGAUGAUCAGGUAUAUCCUCUGUACUAAGGCGUUAUGGAGUUAAGCUGGGCUUAUUACGCUUUCGUCGAGAUAAUUUAUACAAUUAUAAUGCCUCUGUUUUUGUCCCUGUAUAGGAUGAGUUGAAUAAAUUGUCCCUUGAAUUAUUUUU